UUCAGUCAAGACAAACAAAUCAAAGGCAACCUUUGCAAGGGCCGUCAAACAUUUAACAGCAUUUGCAACAGAAGCCAGAGCAAGAGAAAGAGCGCAAACGUGGGUUUUACCUAGGCAACAACAAUCUGGUGAUUCGAUAACACGGCAUCGCACUUUGACACCAGGUAAUUACGCGAACCGCGCACAGGUCACAAGCACAGAGAAGCCAGAAGUCCAGUUGCCGCAACAGCUCGCACUGCCAAGCAGUCACAGCCACCACAUCCGCUCGAAGCAACUGAGUUCUCGAAGCCCAAACAAUUGCCAUGGAAAGCCAACGCAACAACAGCCAGAAUCGUCGAGGUGCACGUCCGAGCGUGGGCUAUUUGCUGUUCCAGUAUCAAAGUGAGCUGACCCGGCGGCAUGCGGAGCCGACACGUUUGUCGCGGACCAAAAUCCACAUUAUCGACGGCCUCGUCUCGCGCACCAUACGCCAGCUGAAGCACUGCAGCGUCGAGGAGCUGCAGGCCUGCAAGCGGGAGCUCGUCUACAAGGAACAGCUGCGCGACGAGCUGCGCAGCAUGCGCCGACGCAAGAGCUCCAGCUUCAGCUCCUGUUCAAGUUCCAGCUUCGCAUCCGGCUCAGCUGAUCCGCCCGUGAGGAAGGCGCCCAGCACGCCGCCCAAGCCCCGUACCGCGUAUCAAACGAAAGUAACCAUCUUUGGCCCGGAAAUAUUCGUCUAGAUUUACGCAAUUUGUAUUUUAUUUUAUUAUUGUACAUUGAGUUCCAGUUUCGUAUUUUGACCUUAAUUGUUGACGAUUAAAAAUCAAAGAAUU